AUGGCAGCAGCAGCAGCAGCAGCAGCAGCAGCAACACCGCCGCAUCAAGCAACACAGCAGCAGCAGCAGCAGCAACAGCAGCAGCAGCAACAGCAGCAGCAGCAGCAGCAGCAGCAGCAGCAUGAGCUGCCUUUUAAUAUACACAGAAACAACAGUGGAUGCUGUGCUGCUGCUGCUGCUGCAGUGGGGCUCUCCCCCUAUGCUCACCAGGAUAUGAUGGCAGCAGCAGCAGCAGCAGCAGCAGCAGCAACACCGCCGCAUCAAGCAACAGCAGCAGCAGCAGCAGCAGCCGCUGCUGCUGCUGCUGCUGCACAAACUGCAGCAGCAACUCCGCCAACUGUCGAUAUGCUCGGAUCCAUAGAACAGCAGCAGCAGCAGCAGCAGCAGAAGCAGCAGCAACUGCUGCUGCAGGAGCAGCAGAUGUUCCCGCAUACACCGCAGCAGCAACAGCAGCAGCAGCAUCUCCUGCUGCAGCAGCAGCAGCAGCAGCAGCAGCAUGGGGCUCUGCUGCAGCAUGACAUCGGUUCGCAGAUGCAUCAGCCCUUGCUGCUAGCUCACGACCAGCAGCAGCAGCAGCAGCAGCAGCUCCUGCUGCAGCAGCAGCAGCAGCAGCAGCAGCACCUAGCUGGUGCUGCUCUGCCCCUGUCUUAUACACCGCAGCAACUGCAGCAACUGCAGCAGCUGCAGCAGCUGCAGCAGCCCUAUCUAACGGAUGGGAGCCCGCAGCAGCAGCAGCAGCAACAGCAACAGCAGCAGCUGCUACCGCUGCUGCGUCACCCCCAAAGACUCCCCCGGUUGCAGCAGCAGCAGCAGCAGCAGCAGCAGCAGCAGCAGCAGCAGCUCGAGACGCCAGCAGCAGCAGGAGCAGCAGCAGCAGCAGCAGCAGCAGGAGCAGCAGCAGCAGCAGCAGGUGCAGCAGCAGCAGCAGCAGCUGCUGCUGCUGCUGCUCCUAGUCUAGCAGGCCAACAUACUGUAGAGGAACACCCAAACCACGACGUUUCUUUUGCUGCUGCUUCUGCUGCUGCUUCUGCUGCUGCUUCUGCUGCAGCACAAACAGCAGGCGGCCAUCAGAGGCAAAUAAAAGAUGCAGCAGCAGCAGCAGCAGCAGCAACUGCAACAGCAGCAGCAGCAGGACUCGAUUGGGGAUGCUGCCGCUGCUACCACUGCGGCGCCCCCCAAGGACCCGCAGCAAAAGCCAGCAGCAAAGACUAUCAGCAGCAGCAGCAGCAGCAGCAGCAGCAGCAGGAGCUGUUGCUGCCACUUAAGCCGGUGAAGACAGAGACUGGCGACGCUGCAGCAGCAGCAGCAGCUGCAGCAGCAGCAGCAGCAGCAGCAGAUUCGUUGGUGUUUUCCGAGCAGCUGGGGGGCUGGGUGGCUGUGCCUAAGCUAGCAGCAAAAGACGAAUCAAAAAGCAGCAGCAACAACAGCAGCAGCAGCAGCAGCAGCAGCAGCAGCAGAUGCAUGCGGCUCUUCGCAUGCUUUCCUGUGGGGCAGGGAGAGAGCCUCGCAGCAGCACGAGAGGCGGCCUUGGCGUGCGCAUGCUUUCCUGUGGGGCAGGGAGAGAGCCUCGCAGCAGCACGAGAGGCGGCCUUGGCGUGGCUGCAGCAGCAGCAGCAGCAGCAGCAGCAGCAGCAGCAGCAGCAGAAGCAGGAGAAGCAGGAGAAGAAGGAGGAGCAGCAGCAAAAGAAGGAACAGCAGGAGCAGGAGCAGCAGCAAGAACAGCCUCAGCAGCAGCAGCAGCAACAGCAGCAGCAGCAGCAGCAGCAUACAGACGGUAGUCCUUCGAUGCUAGCAGCAGCAGAUGACUCUACCAGCGAACCAAGUGCUGCUGCUGCUGCUGCUGCUGCUGCUGCUGCAGUGGCGCUAUCUGAGAGAGAAGAUGAUGCGGCGGGCUGUACAUCCCCCAGCAGCAGCAACUCAGCAGCAGCAGCAGCAGCAGCAGCAACAGCAGCAGCAGCAGCAGCAGCAGACACACGGUUCAAGCGGAAGGCCGCCGCCAGUGAUUUGGGGCCCCCAGCAAUUCGCCAUAGAGAAGCAGCAGCAAGCAGCAGCAGCAGCAGCAGCAGCAACAGCAGCAGCAGCAGCAGCAACAACAACAGCAGCAAUACUGAUGUCAGUGAAGUUUAUGAUGAUGAUAAGGAUGCAGCAGACCAGCAGCAUCAGCAGCAGCUGCAGCAACAGCAGCAGCAGCAGCAACAGCAGCAGCAGCAGCAGCAGCAGCAGCAGCAGCAGCAAGACGUUCCAGAAGUUGCUGCUGUUGCUGCUGCUGAUUCUCCUUUGUUUCCUCUCUGGUUACAGGAGCAGCAGCAAGGAGGCCCACAGCAGCAGCAGCAGCAGCUGCAGCAGCAGCUGCUGCAGCAGCAGCAACUGCAGCAGCAGCAACAGCAGCAGCAGCAGCAGCAGCAGCACAGCAGCAGCGGGCUGCUGCUGCAGCAACCCCCCCAGUGUGGGGCGCAGCAGCAGCGGCUGAUGGUUGCUGCUGCAGCAGAGCUAUGUGGAUCCCGCUAA